ACUUCCCUCCCUCCACUUUCCUUCCCAUUUCCCCAUUAACAUCUCAAACCUCCAUCAAAUCUGCCCAAAAUGCCUUUCACCGCUUCUGACAUCUGCAAGAUCAUCUUUGCCAUUAUCCUGCCUCCUCUGGGUGUCUUCCUGGAGCGCGGAUGUGGUGCUGAUUUCCUGAUCAACAUCUUAUUGACUAUUCUGGGAUGGAUCCCCGGUGUCAUCCACGCAAUCUACAUUAUCUUCAAAUACUAGAGAUACCCACCUUCCACACACCUUCGCAACUCAAGACUUUCCAAGACUAAUAUCCCUUGGAAAGCGAUGCACUGCGACCAAUUUCACAGCCCUUGCUCUUGUCUUACGCUUUGAGUAAGGGUCGGUGCGAUUCAAUAUCCUGAGUCGGUGUCAGCGUGAUUCCGUGGAGGUCCGGUUGAGACUAGCCUAAUGCAGCCUCCACCACUUGGCAUCGGGUCCGACGCGAGUCCGACAUGAUGUCCAUAAUUCCCUAAUAUUUUGUGUGGUCGCAUGGUUAUGUUUUAUUUUGCUUCUUUUCCUUUGUCUUGCUCGAUACUGCGGGUUUUUGCUUUUUCGUUAUGAAUGAUACCAGCUCAUACGGUCCGACUUUGCGUUGUUUCGUACCAAUGCCCGCCGUUGGCUAGUUUUUAUGAUUCAUGGGAAUGAGAAUCUUUUCACUAUAAA